UGGGACGAUGCUCCCUGUCUCAUCAGAUGGGCAGCAGGCGGCUUCGGAGGCUGCAAGCGUCCAGGCUCUGAGCUGCCCUAGGUCGCAGACUGCCCGGGCCUAGGCAGCGGACAUGGCCUUUGUCCUCAAUGUCCUUGAGACCCCAGAAGACCAGGGCAGCCGGGAUCCCAGCCCCUACGACGAGAGCGAGAUGCACCACUCCUUCCACCAGCUCAUCCAGGAGCAGAGCCAGUGGGCAGCUGAGGAGGGGCUGGAGCUGCAGCCCACCGGGCUGGGGGCCGGAGCCCUGGACGCCUCGGGCAGUGACCGCCAGGCUCUCCUGGGGCCGGAGGGCGCUGCGGAGCUCAGCACGGCCACGCUCCGCAUCCUGGCCAGCUUGCCCAGUCGCACCAUCGGCCGCAGCCGGGGCGCCAUCAUCUCCCAGUACUACAACCGCUCGGUGAGGAUGCGGCGCAGGGCCGGC